CCAUAGCUGACCAAUCAUGUCACAGUACAAACCAAGCCAUGAAGUCCAGGGAGAUGUAACGAGGCACAGAUCUGGGCUGCAAUACAGAAGUGUUUUUACAGCAUUGAAGGUCCCAGUGAGCACAGUGGCCUUCAUCAUCUGUAAAUGGAUGAAAUUUGGAACCAGUAGGACUCUUCCUGGAGUUGGCAGCCUGGCCAAUUUAAGUGAUCUGUGUACAAGAACCUUAGUCAGGGAGGUUCACUCUGUCAGAGCUCUGGCAUUGCUUUGAGGAGAGAGGAGACCCUUUUUGAAGGACAACCAUUUCUGCAGCAUUCCACCAAUCAGGCCUGUAUAAUAGAGCAGUCAGAUGGAAGAUAACCCUCAGUAAAAGGCAUAUGACAGCACACCUGGAGUUUACCAAAAGGACUGAUGAAACAAAGGCUUUAAAAUAUUGAAGACCUCUUUUUCUUAAUCAAGAUUGAAGUCUCUGGUUUAAAUGCCAAGUGUCAUGUCUGGAGGAAACCAUGUACCACCCAUCACUUGGCCAAUACCAUCCUUACAAUGACUCAUGGUGGUGGCAACAUCGUGCUGGGGAUCUUUUUGGCAGAAGGAAAUGGGAGGCUAUUCAGGGUCAAGGGAAAGAUGAAUGCAGCGACGUAAACGGACAUCACUGAUGAUAUCCUACUCCAGAGCGCUCAGGACCUUUGGCCUGGGGUGACCGUUCAUCUUGCAGCAGAACAAAACCCCUAAGCACACAGCCAUGAUGACAAAGGAGUGCCUUCAAGACAACUCUGUAAAUGUCUUUGAGCAGCCCAGCCAGAACCCAGACUUGAACCUGAUUGCACUUCUCUGGAGAGAAGUGAAAAUUGCUGUACAGCAACAAAUUGCAUCCAACCUGAUGGAGCUUAAGAAGUUCAAAGUGCAAAGAAGAAAAAGAGCCCCCAAACAGGUGUGCUACACUUGUAGUAUCAUGCUCAAAAAGACCUGAGGCAUUAAUUGCACUUCCAAUAAAGAACUGAGCAAAGGCUGUAAAUACUUGCCUACUUUUUCCCCUUAUGGGUUAUUUUGUGGAGAAUUUUGAGGUGAAAAAUUAAUUUGAAUGUGUUUUGAAUAAGGUUGUAACAUGACAAAAUGUGGAACAAGUGAAUAGCUUUGAAUACUUUCUAGAUACACUGCAUCACCUCAUGCUACCUGCAGUGACACUGACCCCAGCCACAUGCAAAACUAGUUUAAAUGAAACGGCAAAAGAUGGGGGAGGGGCGGUGACCUCCACCUGGAAAAACCAUUACUGUUGUGGGGGGUUCUCAUAGUUGCCUUUUUAGUGCACCUGUGAAUUUCAUUAACGCUAAAGCAGCUGAACUUGAUUAACAACCCCCUGUCCUACCUGACUAACCAGAUCAACACCCCAGAAGUUUAACUGACUUGAAGCUAUGAUGUCAUUCAAAAGUGUUUAAUUUUGAGCAGCGUGCAACAAAGACUGACAUUUGAUCAGUCAACGGGCUGCACGAUGAAACAGUCAUAACAGCUAAUAGCCUUUUCCUUUCGUUUAGUUCUUUGAGUGCUUUUGUUGAAGGACUCGGAACUAACUUUGCAGUCAACAGGCAUCACGUCACUACCUCAAAAUAGCGCAUCUUCUGCUUUACGCGAUGUAAAAACUACAUUUCCCACAAGGCCGUUGUGCGCUUUGCCAUUGGCGGUGGCACAGGUGACCGCGGACGCUCUGAGUUGUGACAACUUGACCGUCAAAACGAAAACAAAUUGGCUAAGUGUCAUCGGUUGCACACGCGCUGUCGGUGUGUGGAAAUACGGGGAAAGUCAAACCUUUUAAACCUUGGUUUAAAACUCAGCUUGUGAUAGCUUCUGACGGACUUGCUGCCAGAACAUAUAGAAGUGGCCACGCACUUUUUUUUUCUCCUGAGCUUGACUCUUUACUUUGUACUGUCUGACCUUCAGAGCGGACAUGUAGUCAGCAGCAUAAGCAGAGCACACACUACUUUGUGAACUUUUAUUUACUCUCAAACAGCUUCCACUACCUCUCGGGCUGGACUGUGGUGCAUUAACGUCAGCUCGCCCUCCCCUGCCCCCCCGCCCCUCAGCCAUGGCCUCACGCAUUGGCUUGCGGAUGCAGCUGAUGCGAGACCAGCUGCAGCAGGAGGAGCAGCGUGAGCGGCAGCAGCUACAGCAGCAGCAGAAUGCAGCCCUGCAGUACAUGCAAAACCACAUGGCUGGGCCACCUGCACCCACCCCAGCCAUUAGCACUCCACAACAUUACCAAAGCAUGCAGGUCCCCGUGGAGGUUCUGAAGGUACAGACUCACCUUGAAAAUCCUACAGACUACCACAUCCGUCAGUCUCGAAGACAGCAAGUGAAAGAAUACCUGUCAACCACCUAUGCCACCAAACAGGCGGUCAAUGCAGUAGCGGGGCUAAUACCACCCUCGCCUCCCACAAACAUGGGACCUGCAGGGGGUUCAGCAUCUGCACCCCCGCCUCUCCAGUCCCCACACAUGCGCACCGAGCAGCUUAUGUCUGGCAACAGUGCCCCCAACAGCCCGAUGGCCAUGCUCAACAUUGGUUCCAGCCAUGAGAAGGAGAUGGAUGAGGUCAUUGAUAACAUCAUCAGUAUGCAGUCCAAUGAUGACUAUUUUCAAAGUUUCACUGAUGCUGUCCAAAUGUCAAACACACUCCCUCUUUCAAGCAGUCACCUAGAUGUGUAUGCAGGUCCUGGCAUGAAGGGUCCAGCCAUUGCUAUGACCAGCAACUCCUGUCCUGCCAAUCUGACCAUCAAGCGAGAACUCUCAGACGCAGAAGCCCGUGCGCUGGCCAAGGAGAGACAGAAAAAAGACAACCACAAUCUGAUUGAAAGGAGGAGGAGAUUCAACAUUAAUGAUCGCAUUAAAGAGCUGGGCACCAUGAUUCCCAAAACCAAUGACCUUGAUGUGCGCUGGAAUAAAGGCACUAUAUUGCGGGCAUCUGUAGAGUACAUCAAACGUAUGCAAAAGGAUGUACAGCGGACAAGAGAAGUGGAGAACAACUUCAAAAGGAUGGAGAUGGCCAACAAGCAGCUGUUGCUGCGCAUCCAGGAGUUGGAGAUGCAGGCUCGUCUGCAUGGCCUGCCCAGCAACUCUCCCUCUGGCCUGAACACGGGUGACAUUAUGGGUUCUUAUAUAAAACAAGAGACCAGCCUAGAGGAGAACCAUUCUCACCCCCAGGCACAAGCACAUCACCAGCCCCAGCACCUACCCCAUAACCAGGCUCAUCCCCAGGCCCAGCAGCACCAGUUCCUCUCCCACACACACUUCCACCCUCAGGGCCAGGGCCAGCCCGAACCCAGGCAGCUGCCACCACUCCCACAGCAUCUCCAGCCUCAGCCUCCCAUUCAGUACCCAGCUGUGGGCAGCUCCCAGCACUUUGACUUUGCCCAGUCGCUGGACUUGUGCGAUGGGAUAUCAGGGUUUUCAGAUGGCAUGUCUGGGCUGGGUGACCUGGGUGGACUUGACGUCCAGGCGAGGAGAGGCGACCUAGGUUUCCUUAUGAUGGACGAGCCUUUGUCCCCUAUGGCUGGAGACCCGCUGCUCUCAGCGAUGUCCCCUGAAGCGUCUGUCGACUCUAGCCGCAGAUCCAGCUUUAGCAUAGAGGAUGGAGACAUAAUGUAGACAAGCAUGCAUUCGCUCAGUCAAACACAUGAGGUUUCGCAUAGAUUGUAGUAAACAUAAAUAUCACGUUUGCAAAACACAAAACGCGUACAUUACAUACACAGAAAUGAACGAGCCCCCAGACAUGACAUCAUUUAUAUCACACAGUUUCAGGAAACACCAGUGACACUCCUUUGUGGUACAUUUAACUUCCCCUCAGUGUCACUAGAAACAGUAGACAUUCAUCACAAACAUUCACGAGUGUAUAAACAGACAGGCACGCAUACACCUACACACAUAAGUGCAUGUGAGUUUAACUGAGCAGCUUAAAACUUUGCCCAACACACUGAGCAUUUACAAGGUGUGAACCAGCACUGCCAGGUCAGGAGUUAUAUGGCACACUUGGCCUUGUUUCCAUAAAGGUGGCCCUGAAUCAUAAUUGCACAAGGGACAAAACACCCAGUUAAUUAGACUGCCGUUAUCAGAUACAAGAACAAACCAAGUGCAUCAUCACACGCGAUAGAGGACAAGUUAUUUGCCCCUAACAUCAGCUCCUUUUAGUAAUCAUAAACGAUUGAAUGAACGAUAGAGAACAAAAUGGAAAUGGCUUUAUGGCCCUGCAUGCAUAAUUUAUCUUGAGGGGAUGCAGUCCAGUCACAUUGUUCCCUUCCUCAGGCUUGUUAGUUGGCCUCAGGUUUUAGCCGUUUGGUGUUGGACAAAACUUUGUGUUAGCUUGCUCAAGUGUCUAUAUGUAUCCAUAUCUUGGGGGACAUUACCAAAAAAAACCCCUGAAGUUUGCUGCAAAAGGUGGAUAAUUCAGCUUUUAGCAAAGGCCUUUAUAUUUACUCAUCGAGCUGAAAUUGUCGUCUUCUGAAAAAAAUGCAUGCACACGCAGUCACAUAGCGUUGGCCACCUUUAUUUUUUUGCACCUCCAGCACUGUCGCAAUCUUUACUCAACACUGUAAAGUCUGUUGACUUUGGAGUGGGGGUAGAGAAAACCCACUGGAUGGCCAUCAAAAAUCUGAGGGCCAUCCAUUUCUGUGAGGUGUCAAAACACUCAGGUACUGUAACAGAAUACACAAGCAGGCUUUUAAAUAGAAGUGGAUGUUAACCUGAAAUAUGUCAGGGCUGUAACCCCUGUCUGUUUGUGUCUUUUUAUUUUUGCUGCUCCUCUUCAAAGGCACGUGUUAAUGGGUCGGAGGUUUUCAGCUUUGACUCUGUAUCACAUUCAUCUAUACCGGUAAAUGCUUUAGAAGUUGCUUCUGCAUCAGCGUGACCUUGUAAGCACAGGAGAUACAGUGAUUUCCUCCCACUAAGUGACCUUUUAAGGUUUAUAUUAUAGGGCGAGAUGAAGGAAAGAAUUGACAUGUUUAAAUAGUUUAAUAGUUUCAAACACAGGAUAUGCAAAAUUGCUGGCUUCGUCUGUCGUCUGUCUGUUGGUGUCGCCAUUCCGGCCAUUUAGGCAUUGGUAAUUUAUUCAUGUUCCACGCUGUUUCAUCCAGGCGUCACCCAAAGCAUUGUAUGCAUUGUAUUCUUUCAGCAGCCAUAGGCUUGUCUUUGUGACAUUAGGACACACUUGCAUGUAUUUGCGGUCACACUCACUUCACAGACAUGCACACUUUCAUCAUCACUUAGGCAUUACAGUACUCACAGGCAGGUGCGUCCAUUUGUUUUGUUUCAUUUUGGUUUUUUGGACACUGACGUGAUUUUUAUUUUUUUUAGCUGUGUACCAAAACAUAUUCAAGUUACAGUUAUAAGGGGUUAAGGUGCAGAUUGUCAACUUUAUUUUGAGGGGUUGAACAAAAAUAUUGCAUUUACCUUCAAGAAAUUACUGCCUUUUUUUUUAUACACUGACCCCUAUUUACAGGGAGGCAAAUUGAUGUAACUGUAAAUUCAAUUCUUUAAUAUCUUGUUGAGGUUCCUUUGCAGGCAAUGACUGCCUUAAGUCUUGAACUCGUGGACUAAAGCAGGGAUUCUUCCUGUAUUUUCUUUCAAAAAUGUUCAUCAUUUGCUUUUUUUUGCCAAGCUUCCUUGGUGCAUUCUUCUUCUUUUUUAUCAGAAUGUACCGAGCUUGCACUGCCUCUCUCAAGGGUUUGUUUUGUUUUUGUAGCCUAAGGCCGAUCCGUUUGACUUUUUGAGCAACAAAUUCCAAAUGCAAAUGCCACAGUUGAAAUCAUCUCCAAGACUUUUUACCUGCUUAUACAAUGAAGAAUUGACUGUGUGAAAUGGCUGUAAUUCCUCACCGGCUGAUGCAGUAUUUCUGUUUAGAGUCUGCACUGUGAUCGCGUCUUUUCUUCGAAUCAUUUGUUGUGACUCGCAGAGGCAAAAUUGUGAAAAAUGUGCCACUGUCCACAUUUGCCUGGAGGUAACUGUAAAUGAACACAAAGUGGAGUGAGGCUGUUUUUCAGAAAGCCCACGGCUUCACUCUCUUGCCUCGUGAUUCAAAGCUGCCAGCUGCAGAGGUAAAGCUCAGGUCUGCUGUUCAAACUGUCAGCCAAUGGUGAUUCAUUGCUCCAGCUGUCAAAGUGACGACUGGAGCAGGUUUUGCUCAACCUGUGUCGUAUCUCUGCUGCGGUAGACCUGGGGCUUACCUUUGAUUGAUAUAGUUUAUGAUCAGAACAGAAAUCUAUUUAGUGAACAUACUUUCAAGGGGAUUUGUUUUUGAUUAAAAGAAGUGUCUGUUUUCUUUAUUAUUUAGUUUGUUUAUUGUAUCUCCCAAAGCACUGAAAAAAAUGACAUUAUUGUUUUUACUUUGUACAUGGAAGAAAUAUGGAAUAAGAUUUACUUCAGAUGUUUUAUGCCAUUUAAAUGUAUUUUAUUUUUAUUUGAUAUUUUAGUUCUAUUUCAAUUUUAUUCCGAAACUACCCUUUCUUCUCAGAGCCAUAUUCAGGAGGUGUACUGUACAGGCAUUUAAACAAUGUUUUAACUGGAGUUGGGGAACCAUUUAUAAACUUCAAGAUUUCAGCUGAUUUUAAAAGAGAUUGUGUAUAUUUCUGAUGCCAUUUUUGUAUGAUUAGGAUUUUAUUUAUCUCUCUUUUCACUUUGAAAUUUGGAUCCAGACAUAGAUGAAGGGUGAUUUUUAUCAUUGGACUGAAAUCAAGUUGCUCAUUUGAUGAAUGUAAAGGCUUACCAGUAGUUCUUGUCAGGUUGAAGAACAUCGUUUUUAUAGUUUAUUUUUUGCCCUACCUGCCUCCUGAUUUUCUGUCUUUGGUUUCCAUGGAGACUGGAAGCUGAUUGACUUCAGUUAAACUAGGCCAGGGAUUUGUGACUCUCCUAACGUUGUACCACUUUUUGUCAUCAUCUGGGGUUGAGUCUUUUCCCCGUCAGCUACAGUUUGACUGUUGUUGUUCAGUCACCCAACUAGAACUCCAAAGAGCUUCUCAGGCUCCCUUUAUUUUUCCACUAGAGGGCGCUCUGCAGAGCAACCACAAAGGGGGAAGGUGGUUGUGAAUUUAAUGACGUUAUAAAAUAUUUUUUAGAACCCAUACACUGGCUGAAAGUUUUAUUUUCCUUUUGUUUUUUCUGACAUGAGAAAUGUGUGUGAGUACGUGAGUGUUACUCACAAAAAAUAUUUCUACACAGCCGUUAUUUUAGAUAAAAAUUAAAAUACCCCUUCAUUCCAAAGCAGACACCACAGGUUUUGCCUUCACUGUGACGAAUGAAAGUGUCUCUAAAUUUGAUGCUUGCGUGUGCCAUUAGAAAUAUUCUAUGUGCAACUUUUGAGUAAGGUGGAAACUUGAAGCAUGCAAUGCAAAUCCACUGAUAAUAGACUUCAGCCUUUAGCAAAGUCAGUAGCAUCUUGUAUUUAGCAGUUAUUUUAAAAUGAAUAUAUGGCGUUUUCACACAUUGUGGAUUUGUCGGUGGGCAGGAGGAGAGAUUUUGUUUGUAUACUCUGUCACUGGGUUAUUUAUUAAAAAAUAAUCAUUCAAAGCAGUAUUUUUAUAUCAUCUUACAAAAAAUAUUUUAAAUUGACAUGGUAAAUGGGGAAAAAUAUAUGUACACUUUGUAUCCCUGCUGAAUUUUGGCCAAAAAACAAAAACACAGCUGACUGAGAAAAAAUGGAUAUUUGUUGGUACAGUGUCAUUGAAGCAUGGUUAUGUAACCUACUGACCAAUACCAAUGUAAGACAAUGACUACAAGUGAAUUAUAGUUUUAUGUGCAUAAAUUCAA